UAUAUAAUGGAAACGGAAUCGCAAACAGUUAGCAAUAAUAGCGCCAAUUCUAGCGAUGGUGUGGCCCACGACUCGCCCUACGAUCAGGACCUGAAAAUGUUUAUUGGUGGUCUCAGUUGGCAAACAGCCCCGGAGGGCCUAAGGGAGUACUUUAGCAAAUUUGGUGACAUAACCGAAGUAAUGGUUAUGAAAGAUCCCACCACUAGAAGAUCGAGGGGUUUCGGUUUUGUGACAUUUGCCGCACCGGACGCUGUGGACAAAGUGCUAACACAGGGACCCCAUGAGUUGGAUGGCAAAAAGAUCGAUCCGAAAAUUGCAUUUCCCAAAAGGGCACACCCAAAGAUGGUGACGCGGACUAAAAAAGUGUUUGUCGGCGGACUAUCGGCACCGACAACAUUAGAUGACGUGAAAAAUUAUUUUCAACAAUUUGGACGGAUUGAAGACGCGAUGUUGAUGUUUGACAAACAAACGAACCGACACAGAGGUUUUGGUUUUGUAACGUUUGAGAGCGAGGAUGUUGUCGAUAAAGUUUGCGAAAUACACUUCCAUGAAAUCAAUAGUAAAAUGGUCGAGUGCAAGAAAGCCCAGCCCAAGGAAGUAAUGAUGCCAAACAAUGUGGGUGCCCGAGGAGGCCGGGCAGCUGGUAGGGGCGCUUAUGAUUUAGUUUGGCCACUAGGAGCGCUUACCGAUGCUAUCGGAUGUACAGGAUUCCCGGCGGCCUACGCCAGCUACGCGGGACGGGGCGGCUACCCGGGCUAUCCCGGUUUUGGCUAUCCAUUUGCAGGGUUUGUUAUAUGAGAGGGAAAUGCCGUUUUCAGCGAAACAAACAAAACAAAAUACAAACAAAAAAUCAAUACAAAAAUUAAUUGCCUACCAGUUCUCCUAUUAUUAUUAUUUUAAUACAAAU